UGCGGCCCCGGUGUAGUAGCGGGGGCGGCGGCCGGGGGCAGCGCGGCUCCUUCCCUUGUUGUGUGUGUCGGUGCCUCCUCGCCAUCUUGUUGCAAAGCCUUUUCUUGUCGGCGGGACUCCCGGGGGCCGCGGGGCGGGAGGCAUCAGAGGAGGAAAAAGAGAGGGAGGGGAAGGAGGGAGGCAGUGCCGCCUUUUGUUUUUUUGCAUCACAAUUUUUUUAAUUUGUAAAUUAUAUUUUGCAAAUAUUUUGGGAAACAAUUUUUUCUCUCCGUGCUCUCCCGUUCUUCCCUGCGGAGUGCGCUGCGCCGCCCAGCCCUGUCGCCCCCCGGAGGUGAUCCCUCCCUCCUGCCUGCCCGCCAGCCUGACCUGUGCCCGGCUCGCGGGCCGCAGUCUCGGCCCCGGCGCGCCCCCGGCAGCUCUCGGCGCGAUGAGCAUAGAGACGCUACUGGAGGCGGCCCGCUUCCUGGAAUGGCAAGCGCAGCAACAACAGAGAGCACGUGAGGAGCAGGAGCGGCUCCGCUUGGAGCGGGACAGAGAGCAGGAGCAGAAGAAGGCCAGCAGCCUGGCCAGGCUGGCCCACGCCCUUCCUGUGGAGGAACCCCGCAUUGAAGCACCACCCCUACCUCUGUCCCCCCCAGCACCCCCCCCAGCACCUCCACCCCCACUUGCCACCCCCACCCCACUGACUGUCAUUCCUAUUCCAGUAGUGACCAACUCUCCUCAGCCUCUGCCCCCGCCCCCACCACUGCCUCCUGCAGCCCAGCCUUUGCCCCUGGCGCCUCGCCAGCCAACCCUGGUUAGCACCCCUGGACUCAGCAUUAAGGAGUCUGCUCCCUUGCCCACCAGGCCACAGGUGCCCAACCCUGCUCCCCUGCUGCCAGACUCCAAGACCACUGGCAGCCCCAAACCUUUGCAGCCCCUCCCCACACCCAUCCUGACCAUAGCACCUCACCCUGGAGUUCAGCCCCAGCUGGCCCCCCAGCAGCCACCCCCACCCACUCUUGGGACCCUGAAGUUGGCACCAGCCGAAGAAGUCAAAUCCAGCGAACAGAAGAAGAGGCCUGGGGGGAUCGGAACCAGAGAAGUCCACAACAAAUUGGAGAAGAACAGGAGGGCCCAUCUGAAGGAAUGCUUUGAGACCCUGAAGCGCAACAUCCCCAACGUGGAUGACAAGAAGACGUCGAAUCUGAGUGUGCUGCGGACAGCGCUGCGGUACAUCCAGUCUCUGAAGAGGAAGGAGAAGGAAUAUGAGCAUGAGAUGGAGCGCCUGGCUCGGGAGAAGAUCGCCACACAGCAGCGGCUGACAGAGCUCAAGCAUGAGCUGAGCCAGUGGAUGGACGUGCUGGAGAUCGACCGCGUGCUCCGGCAGACCGGCCAGCCCGAGGACGACCAGGCCUCCACCUCCACAGCCUCUGAGGGUGAGGACAACAUAGACGAGGAUAUGGAGGAGGACCAGACCGGCCUGGGCCCACCUAAACUGAGCCAUCGCCCCCACCCGGAGCUGCCGAAGCCACCGCCCAGCGCCGCCCCUGCGCCUCUGCCUCCCCAUGCACACCCGCACUCCCAGCCUGUGGCCCUGUCCCCCGUCCCCCUGCCUGGGCAGCAGCCGCCAACACAGCAGAAGACCGCUCUGCCGGCCCCUCCUCCCCCACCGGCUGCCCCUGCGCAGACGCUGGUGCCGGCCCCAGCCCACCUGGUGGCAGCAGCUGGCGGGGGCUCCACGGUCAUCGCCCACACAGCCACCACCCAUGCCUCAGUCAUCCAGACUGUGAACCACGUUCUCCAGGGCCCGGGCGGCAAGCACGUCGCCCACAUUGCGCCCUCAGCCCCCAGCCCUGCUGUGCAGCUGGCGCCCGCCACGCCCCCCAUCGGCCACAUCACAGUGCACCCUGCCGCCCUCAACCACGUGGCCCACCUCGGCUCCCAGCUGCCCCUGUACCCGCAGCCCGUGGCGGUGAGCCAGCCCGUGGCGGUGAGCCACAUUGCCCACACCCUCUCACACCAGCAAGUGAAUGGCACAGCCGGGCUGGGGCCCCCAGCCACGGUCAUGGCGAAGCCGGCCGUGGGGGCUCAGGUGGUGCACCACCCCCAGCUGGUGGGCCAGACAGUGCUCAACCCUGUGACCAUGGUCACCAUGCCCUCCUUCCCGGUCAGCACGCUCAAGCUGGCUUGAGGAGGAGGGCCACUCAGAGGCCCCCAGUGGGGGCAGGGAGGGGGAACCCGUCCCCCACUCUCUCCCACCCACCAGCUCCACACAUUCCAGCCAGGCCGAGGCCCGCCGCACCCACCCCCACCCCCAGGCCUCUUAGGGGAAGGGGGUGCAGAGACUCUGAGCCAGGGGAGGGCGGGCCACCCCGGGGAGCUGGGCACGGGGCAGGGGGUCUGCCCUAGGACUUGAGCAUGUGAUGAGACACUCUGGUGAAUGUGCCACUCGCCUGGCCUGGUGCCGGCUCCAGUGCCCUUCCUGCCUCCCCACCUUGUCUCCUGAAGCCCUGCGCCGUGGGUGUUGUGUUUUGCCGACCUCCCCGCCCUGCCUGCCUCCCAGUGCUGCCGCUGCUCGUGAGGGGGCCGUGGGCCCGGGGCCUCCGUCCAGAGCCUCAGCCUUCGCUUCCCAGGCCUUUCCGGGGCUGGGGUGGGGGGGGGGGAGCAGGCAGGGAGCAGAAGGAAAGCAACUUGGCCCAGAAAGCUGGGUGGGAGGGGGGCACUGCUCUGAGUGCAGGUGACAGAUCCUAGGAUGGGGCUGUGCUGCGGUCCCAUCCAGGCAGGUGGGCCCCCCGGCUUAGGGCUCUCCGACCCAGCUGCGGUCACUGAUUCGUUACCGCAGAAGCUAGUUAAGAGGAGUCGCUACCAACAACUACCCCAUGCUGUUGCUAAGCUCCCUGAGGUCCCCCCGUCCCCGUCCUCGGUCCUUGCCACUGGGCUCCUGACCUCGGGAGGGUAGGCUGAGGGUGGGGGCUGGGAAGGAAGGGCUUGGCUGGCCUGUUGCCAUGCUGGCCCUUCCCACCACUGGCCUGGGUCUGGGCUGAGGAGAGAGCUCUGGACCGCCUGGCCCCACCCCUGGGCCUGGCUUUUGGCUUCCCAAAGGCAAGAGGGGAUGGGGUGCUGUCGCAUCGGCCGCCCUGCUUCCCUGGCCUCUGCUCAGUGCUAUGUGCUCCCCCGAGUGCCUCCUGUAGCCUCGAGCUGGCGUCUGGUCUGGGUUCUGGGAGCCUGAAGCCACACUGCUGAGGCCCUCAGGAAGUCAGAAUCUGGGGUCUGGGCCAAAUGCCCAGGGCCCUUUCCAGAUGCCCUGGGCGGGGACCUGUAGAGCAGGGAGGAGGGCUGCUACUUCUGCCCCAACUAAUCUGUCUCUGGCAUCAUCUCUGUCUUUCCCCUGAACAUCCACUUUCCUCCAGUGCGCUCUUCUGAGUGUGCCACAACCUUCCUCUCAGGAAGGUCCUUCGUUGGAUCUAGGGCAGGGCUGAGCUUGGGGUGGGGAGGAGUGAGGGGGCCUGUGUGCAGGGCCUGCUGCUUUCCCUGCCUCUGCCAACUGCUUUGGCUUCUCUUUUUAUGUGGGUAUUUAUUACAAGUGGCCUUGUGUCAGACACACUCAGUUGUACACACAUGCACACUCGCCUCCCCACCUGGACACACACAGUGGCCAGUGGCCUUUCAAUGUGGGGAGGGGAAGCCAGUGUCCCCAGGUGUGACCUUUGCUUUGAUAGGCAGGGGGAGUGACCUGCAGGGUACUGAGGAGGCUCACAAAGGUCUUGAACAGAUUUGGACACCUCAGAACUCUGUUCUUUCCUAGUCCUGGAGACUUCCCCGGGGCCUGUUCUCCGUCUCACCUGGGGUGGGGAAAGGGAAGGCCUCUGGUCAUCUAGAAGCCCCCAGGAGGGAGCCUCACACCCGCCCCAGCAUAGCACUCCCCACCCCACCAGCUUGCUGCCUUCCUGCCCCUGCAGCCACCACCCGCCACCCUGGUUCUUGAGGAAACCAGCGCCUGCUCUUCCCCGAGAGAUUACAACUGAGGGAGUCUGAUGGGCCUGGUGCCCAGGGAACAGAGAAGCAUUGGGGAACCUGCCCUUUCCAGCUCUGCUCACCUCGCAUUCUGAGGCCAUUCCGGAGUUGAAAGCGUGUCAGCCAGGGGCCUCUCGGGCCUGCACAGAUACCUCAUCCGCCCGCUCACCGCCCCCGCCCCUCCCCACCCCAGCAGUGGGGGCCUUUGAAUCUAGUGCCGAAUGACUAUGUCCAGAUUGGUGAUGAUGGGUGUUGUUGCUGUUGUUUUUGUUGUUGUUUGUGAACGCUGUGAUGCUGUGUGCCCGAGAGGGCAGCCGCCGCCCAGCCCUCCCUUGGGCAUCUAUCUCCCCUCUGAGAGCUGUCAGGACCACAUCUGUCCUCACCCUGUGGGACCGCCAGCCCCUCCCCCUCCCUAGCCCUUCCAGCCUGGGGGACGCGUGCGUGCACACACAUACACACACACACACACCUUACCUCUCAUGCGUGUUUUACUUUUUGAUGUUAAGAGUGGCUCACUGGCUGGGAGCCUUUACCUCGGGGAGAGGGGGAGGUUGGUUCCUUGGGGGGCCAAAGAAGGGCAGGGAGUGCCUGGAGGGGAAUGAGGGGUCAUCAUAACCCCUGCUCUCCAGGAACAGCUUCUCCCCCAUCCCAGGGUUCCAUCCCCACCCCCCAAAGAGGUGGCCCUUGUUUACAGUGAGGACUCGGUCACUGUGUCUCCGUUUCCUGAAAUACAAACUGUAGCGACCCCAGACUGUAGAGAUUUUUAUGUGUUUGGAUACAUCUGCUGUGUGGGAAAAAAAAAAAAAAAAAAAACCCUACAAAAACCCUAAUUUUGUACAUAUUGUAUUUUUACUAUUGAACUGUAUUCUAGUGGCUGUUCAUGCUCCAAGACUUUAGGUAUUGAGACAUGAAUACUAUCCAUGUAAUAAGCACUUGCCUGGAAUAAAAUAUAAAACUGAAAUAAACCUGCACUGAAACCAGA